UCUAAGUUGAGCAAAGAGUGAUCAUGACAACCGCCCAAGUGAGUCUUCCUUUCUUCUUCCUCCUCACGGUGGCCUCACUGCUGGUAGGCGCCACCACCGUCCCUACCGAACAGUCCCAACUAAUAGUCGCCUGCGGCACCGACGUCGAGAAGCUUGUGUUGGCAUGCCACGAGUUCAUCGCCAUCCCAGGGCCGAAGAAGAAGCCCAACAAAGCCUGCUGCGACUCUCUGGCAACGGCCGACGUGCCGUGCCUCUGCAAGGAAUUGCCUCCGGAGGUGGAGAAGAGCAUCAGCAUGGAGAAGGCGGUGUACGUGGCCAGGUCCUGUGGGAAAACUGUCCCUGCAGGAACCAAAUGUGGAAGCUACACUGUCCCACCGUCAGGAGCACCGGCGGCGGCCAAGGGAGCUGCGGGGCGCUGAAGCAGAUAACGGACGGCUUGACGUGGGUAUUAAUAAGAUUUGAUGGUUAAUUUUGACAUGCAUAUGGAAUGCUACUUGUAAUGGAAAAUGUGGUCAUCAGGUGGUUUAGUCAUGAUGUCGUCCGUGUAACUGUCAUCUUUGAUGUGUUUCAUUGAAGAGAAAGGAGUACAAUGCUUGGAUU